GAGCAUCUAGUACCUCCAAUUGAACGAGUUUAUGAAGUUACCCUGCAGGACACAGAGAAGUCUCCAAAUAUGAUCAAAGGUACCAUUUCCAUUGAUGGCCAUGAUUUUGAUGCACUGUUUGACUCGGUAGCCACACACUCCUUUAUUUCGGGUUUUAUUGCGAAUGGUUUGAACUUGCCUUGGUAUGGAUUUACACCUCCUAUGGUAGUGAAGACUGCCAUCGGAGAUUUAGUUUCCACUUCAUUGAGGUGUAAGGAAGUCAAGUUCAGUUAUGAAAAGAAAGAGUAUAUGGUUGAUCUGAUUGUGCUUGAGGGUAUGAAUAUGCACAUCAUUCUGGGCAUGGAUUGGUUUGUCAGAUAUGGUGUUAUGAUUUAUUGGUGUAGCGGGAAGAUUUAUUUCUCUGCUAAGAAUGAGAAGAAAUACUCCAUAUAUUUAUCAGUGUUACAGAUGAUUAAGGCUCUAAAUACAGGAGAUAUAAGAUUUAUUAUGUUAGGAUGA